UUCAUAGAGACUGGUCCACAGUUUCAUCAAAUAAAGAGUGCAUAUAGUGAGAACAGUCAUGGCUUUUCAGUUGAUCACUUCAUUUAACUUUAAACUGUAACACACAGAUUUGUCUUUUAUUUUUCACAGUGAUCCACCAUGACCUCACUGAAGGCCCUCCUGCCCCUCGCUGUUCUCCUCCUUCUGUCCGUCGCUCCCACAGAAACUACAGUGGUGAAAAUGAUUGAAAAGUGUGUAAAAAUCUUUGUCAAAGGAAAUCCACCAAAUAUCGCAGGAAUCUUGGAGGGAGCAAACAUCCUGGACCAGAACAGAUACAAACCUAUUUGCCAGACCUUCAGAAACACCAGAACCUUUGUGACACUUUACGACACCAAGAACAAGAUCCCAGUGUUUUCUGCUGGAAAGUACAUUGGGGAUCAUGAAGGCAAAAGACCUAAACCCUCCCCAUGGAUGAUUGAACCACAGCUUGAGGACACAAAAGGCGACAACAGCAUGGCACCGGAAAAUAACCAGGAAACCUAUAAGAACCAGGCUGUGAAAAAGGACUAUGAAAACAAGUUAGGUUAUGAUAAAGGCCAUUUGUUCCCAUGCUGUUAUGGAUUUAAUCAAAUUGUAAAAACUUCCACCUUUACUCUGACCAACAUUGUUCCACAAAACAUAAACUUCAAUGGUGGAACCUGGAAGAACAUGGAACAAUGUAUCAAAUGUGUUAUGGAUCAUUACUGCAGUAAUAAAGAAGCUUAUGUAGUAACUGGAGCACUGCACAGCACCGGCAAAACCCUCAACAACAGGGUUAAUAUUCCUUCUAUGCUCUGGUCAGCAUUCUGCUGCUACAACAGCGAAAAGAAACAAUGGCUAGCAAGUGCAUUCUGGGGCAAGAACACUGAACCUGAAUCCAAUUACCUGGAUAUUAAGACUCUGGGGAGUCUCCACAAGGAGCUGGGGAUUGAAGUGUUUCCUGAAACAGAAUGUCCUUCUGACACAACUGUUGCUACUGUUUACCCAGAUCUUUACUCUAAAUGCAACUGCAAAGACAAGGCUUAAGAU